CUUGCAUCUAGGGCUACCGAAGUACAAAGUACAUAUCUCUCUCUCCCUCUCUCUCCCCGUCUCUCUCCCCUACCCUUCCCUCUCUUUCUAUUCAUCCUCUGUCGCUGUACGGACGAACACAAGGACAUGCGAGGCAGUCGUUAGAGCGAGAUCGCAUUCAAGCCUAUCAGCUUCGUUUUCAUUCGGUUUCUGUCUCUCCUCUCCAGGGUUGCUAAGAUGACAGAGCCUUCCAAAGUUAUUCAUGUUCGCAAUGUGGGACCUGAAAUAUCCGAGAAUGAUUUGCUUCAACUGGUGCAUCCUUUUGGGGUAGUUACUAAACUAGUGAUGCUGCGUGCCAAGAAUCAGGCUCUUCUCCAGAUGCAAGACGUGGCAUCAGCUGUCAGUGCACUGCAAUACUAUGCAAAUGUUCAACCAAGUGUCCGGGGAAGAAAUGUUUAUGUUCAGUUUUCUUCACAUCAAGAACUUACUACAAUGGAUCAAAAUUCUCAAGGACGCAAAGGUGACCAGGAUGCUCAACCCAAUCGAAUUCUCUUAGUCACUAUUCAUCACCUACUAUAUCCCAUAACAGUGGAAGUGCUCCAUCAAGUGUUUUCUCCUCAUGGGUUUGUUGAGAAGAUUGUCACAUUUCAAAAGUCGGCGGGUUUUCAAGCCCUUAUACAGUAUCAAUCACGCCAGAGUGCUGUUUCUGCAAUAAAUGCACUUCAGGGACGAAAUAUUUAUGAUGGCUGUUGUCAGCUGGAUAUUCAAUUCUCAAACCUCACUGAGCUUCAAGUGAAUUACAAUAAUGAGCGCUCCAGGGAUUUCACAAAUCCAUCUCUGCCUUCAGAACAGAAAGGCAGAUCCUCACAAUCUGGAUAUGGUGAUGGAGGGGGCAUGUAUGCGCUUCAACCUCCUGGGGCUAGGCCAGUCGCAUUUCCGCAGAUGGGAAAUGCUACAGCCAUUGCGGCUGCUUUUGGUGGGGGUCUACCUCCUGGUAUCAGUGGCACCAAUGACAGGUGCACUGUCCUUGUUUCUAAUCUAAAUCCUGAUGAAAUUGAUGAGGAUAAGUUAUUCAAUUUGUUCUCGCUCUACGGAAACAUUGUGAGAAUCAAGCUUCUCCGAAGCAAACCUGAUCACGCCCUUGUUCAGAUGGGAGAUGGAUUCCAGGCUGAAUUGGCUGUACACUUCUUAAAGGGAGCAAUGUUGUUUGGGAAACGGCUGGAGGUGAACUUCUCGAAGUAUCCAAACAUAACCCCUGCUCCAGAUACACAUGAUUACUCCAACUCAAACCUUAACCGCUUCAACCGCAACGCAGCUAAGAAUUAUCGCUACUGCUGCUCCCCUACCAAGAUGAUCCAUGUUUCCACCCUCCCCCAGGACAUAACAGAGGAAGAAAUCGUGACCCAUCUGGAGAAGCACGGCAGCAUUGUCAACACCAAGCUUUUUGAGGCCAAUGGGAAGAAGCAGGCCUUAGUCCUGUUUGAGACCGAAGAGCAGGCCACCGAGGCCCUUGUCUGCAAGCAUGCCAGCUUAAUUGAUGGAUCAACCAUCCGAAUCUCCUUUUCCCAAUUGCAGGCUAUUUAAGAGAGAAACCUGGCAGAGGAGGAAAGGUUAGGUUCAUAUAAUUCAUGUAUGAAUAUUAGUUUCUCUUUUUAGCUGUUAAUGUUCCCUCUCAAAUUUUCAUGUACCUGUUGCCAACUCCUUGUGAACAAGGGUGAUGCCGUUUGCCAUGUCUUUAAUUUUUUGUUUAUUCA